UGGGGAAGUGAUACUUGGCAUGUACGCUUAUGUUUCACAAGCAAUAAAGCGCUUGGCGUCGGCGCAAUUGAGGAUGGACCCUGACGCCUGACGGAGACUCAUUAUCGGUUUUUGCCAUCGCAACCAUAAUUACACUUCCCAGGACACAGGGCCUCGCGCCUGACGCUCUCGCUUCGGGGGGUCUUCAAAUGUCGCCCGCGACCCUCGAACAGCAGGCUUUGCGGGGCAGCCAUCCUGUGCGCCGUGCGGAUAUACUUCUUGGACUAUUUGCACUGGUGGUCGGGCUCCUUGUGGCUAAGAAAAGCGAGCAGACAUGGACGGGUGCAGCAGCUUCGCUGUUAAGUCUGAGCCACUGGAAUACUCUGGUCACGUACGCAUGGUUUCUUCGACUACUUUCGGCGCUCACGCUCCCGGACUCGAUUCACUGGGGCAUCGCAGCGCCCUUCGCGGUAUACGUAUCGCGCACGCUGCCCCAAGCGUACCUCCUCAUGCUGGGCUCCAGACAUCAGCUUUCACCUGCUGUGGACGAAGUCGUCCUCCAACGGCACUGGCCCGGCGCGCUCUUCUGCUUCCUUUCACUCCGGCACACAAGUGCCGCGAUGGAGGUGGCGACGCUGGUGUUCAGUCUGGUGGCCAACUGCAUUCUCUGCGGCUGGUACAGCAACCCAGCCACCCAACUCAACCCGCUGCGUGGGAUCAGCAAGGUUUGGCCAAUGAUUCAGUCCGUUCUGAUCGGCAUCACCACGAUAAUGCUACACGAGAAGUCACGGCGCCAGAGGCAACCGCGGCCGCUGCCCCACGCCCGGGAGCGGCAGCCUCAAGAGACUUGCGGGGCGGCAGCGGAGCCGGCCGCGCGUGACCCCUGCGAGGCGUCCGGUCAUGGCAGCAAGGACGCCGGCGCGCUCCUGGUGCCGGCGGGCUUGCGGCGGAGGGCGGCGGCAGGAGCAGGACUGGGUGUGGGCGGACCUGGCACGGCGGGUUUGCACGCCACGGUUUGUGACGGGGCGCAGGCUGAGGAGCCAAGCCCUCUGGCCGUCGGAGCCGCAGCUGCAACUGCUGUUCCGGCAGCCCCCCGCCCCGACCCCGAGACAGGUUCAGCGCCACAGCCGCAGUCGCAGCAGCCGCUGCAGCCCCUGCUGGGCGGCAGUGCAGAUCCCAACUGUACAGACAAGCUGCGUCAGCCUCCGCCGCAACAGCUGCCGCAGCAGCAGCAGCAGCAGCAGGCCGCCGCCGUGCCAGCUGCAGCAGGGGUGCCGCCGCCUGCUGCGCUGGCCGCUCUGCUGCCCGGGCGGCCGCCGCCGUACCGCCGCUUCGUACGGCACACCACGCACUUUGUCAAGGUGGACGGCGUGGAGCCUGAGGACCUGCCUCCCGAGUGGCGGGAGAGGCUGGUGGAGGCAGCGGCGCGGGAGGGGCGGGUGGUUACCGGCGUCUACAUGCGGCGAGGCUGUGUGGAGCUGGUGGUUGAGUUUGUGCAGCUGCAGCUGCCAGGAGCGCAGGCGUGGGCUGGCGGCGCUCGAGGAGGCCCCGGCGGACUGGAAUGGUGGGCAGCAGGACCUGCAGGCUGCAGCUCCGGCCAGGGUAGCGAGUUCGCGGCAGCCGUGCAAGGUGUGUUGGCGCCAGUCAUUCUGGACCUCUUGCAGUCGCAGCAGCUGCUGAGGUUGCCGCACUCGCUGCUGCCUCAGCCGGAUUCGGAGCCCCGGGCCCGGGCGCGAGAUCAGAGGGAGGAAGCCGUGGUAGCGGCGGGGGCUGCCGCACACGGGCUGGGCUCGGCCGCGGCGGCUCCAGCAGCGCAGGCCCCGUUUCUGGCGGCCUCCACCUCAUUCCACGGAUCCGUUGCUGGAGCGGCAUGCUGGGUGACGCCAGGUGGCCAGACGGCGGCAGCAACUCCGCUUGGCACUGCGCUGCCGCCGCGCUUCCUGUCUCUGCACCCGCGCGUGGCAUUGCUACCGCCACCGCCUCAGCAGCCCCUUGCAGCUCGGGAGCAGCAGGCUCCGGCGGCGCGGCUGUUGCUGCUGACUCUAGACCUCUGGUUUCCGCCGUCAUCUGCUGGGGCCGGCGCAGACGGCGGCGUCGUAAGUGGGGCAGGCGAAGAGGUAUUGCUGCGGCACCGCGACCGCUACCUGCCUGUGACCGUGCGCCGGCUGCCUCUGCGCUGCGGCCCGGGCGCUAGGAGGGCUGUGAUGCGAGCGAUGGCGGUGGCAGGGGUAACAGCAAGCCCCAGCGAAGGCUGCGUGGAACGCUACGAGGUGGAUGUGAGGCUGGGCGGCGGCGAGUCGGCUGAUGCCGUGCUGGAGCCGGGGCUGCUACAGGUGGACGUGCGCUGGGGUGGCCUUCCGUACAUGUCCCUGCCUGUGCUGCUGCUGCCGUCAGCCGCCGCAGCAGGCGGAGGCGCAGCAGUGGCGGCUGUCGCAGCCGGUCCGGCGGCGGCGGACCUGGCGGCGGUGGGCGAGGAGCUCCAGCGCUUCUGCCGCUGGUUUGGCCGCCGCGGAGAGGCCGCCGUCACCUACCGGGCAGCAACAAUGGCGGCGGCGCACGGCAGCGGCGGCGGCGGCGGCUCUGUCUUUGUUCCGGGUGGUGUUGAGAUUGAGCACCAGGAUGCUGACGUGGAUGAGGAUGGUGCCGGCGGCCUACUGCAUGACGUGGGGUUCGUGCUCUAUGGCGAUGACAGGAUCGGGCCGCGCGAUAGCGGCAGCAGCAGUGGAGGAAGCAGUGGCGGCGGCGACUCAGCGUCCGGCACGGCAGCAGGCGGCAUCUCGCGCGCACACCUGCUGGCGCAGCGCUUGGCUGGCAGGGUGGUGUUGGCGCGAGAGGUUCUGCAGUAUGCGGACGCCAACGCCAUGCCGCACCUGGCAGGUCUGGUGGCUGGGCAGCUGGUCACACUGCAGGAGAAGCUGGCGGCGGCGGGCGGCGGCGGCGGCAGUCUCAGCAGCAGCGGCCUCGGCAGUCAAGCCGCGGUCGGGAGUGCUGGCGCCAGCAGCGAUGGAGCCAGCUCCGAGCCUCCGCCGACGCCGUCACUGCUGCGCUCCCCGCCGGUGGCACCUGGAGCGGCGGCGGCUGUCCCCUCCCUAGCCUGGCGCACUCUACUGCUGUUUGUGGGCUCGUCGCAGCAGGAGAAUGUGGAGGCGGCGGCUGUGUGCGAGGCCUGGAAAGCCUGGAACCUGCGCAACGCGCCGCUCAUCGAGGUUUUGGAGCUGCUAGCGGGCUUAUCGGUGCUUGCACGCUACUACUUCCCUGUCGCCAUCGGCGCCCAAGCCCCCGAGACCUUUGCCGGCACGGUCACCUUCAUCGGGCUUGUGCGCAGCGGUGCCGCUUUGAUUGUGUUCACAGCGCCCCUACUGCUGGUGGCAUGGGUGGUUCUGCCGCUGGUGCUGGCCGUGUUUGGCGUGCCGCGUGAGGGGCGUGAGCGGGCGGCCGCACAGCUGCAGCAGCUGCGGCAGUGGGUACGCGCUGGGCCCGCCAUCUGGCCCGAUAUGCGGCUGUGGUGACCAGCAAGGCCCUGAUGCUGGCGCUGCGUGUGUCGCCGCCGCCCAUGUGGUUGGCCUACUCGGUCGGGCUGGGGAUGGUGGCGGCCGAUGGCUACCGGUGACUAGACGGAAGCUGGGUGCAGCUGCGAGCAGUGGUGCCACGGUUGAUGGCCACUGCAUCACCAUACUCGGGCCUCGAGCUGCCUUCGAGCAGCAGUAGCACCAGCUACAGCGGCAGUGCAAUGCCUCUCGAUGCGCAGACAUGCGGGGCGUCUGGCGAUGCCUUCUGUGCCGUUGGCGCCACUGGGGCCCACGCGUCGUGGGCCCGCACCGCGUAUGCGGCGUGGCUGGCGGUGCGGCUGGAGGCGGUGGCGCUGGCGGCCACGUGGGCGUGCCACGUGUGCCUGCGGCGACUGCCCAUCCCGCCGUCACGUGCGGUGCGCGCCGCCGCUGCCACCUAGUGGUGACAACAUAUCAAUGCGAAGGUUUGAGCACGACCUUUGAAAAAUGCUCUAUGAAGGCACUGCAGUACGAUGAUGCCGCUACCGUAAUUGCUUUGUCACAUGGCUAUGCGAGACUGUAUGGUACCGUGUUACCUUGAUACUUUAUGGAAUGUGCGGGCUGGGUCAUUAAUGUCCUUAGAUUGAUGCAGCAGCAUUAUUGGCGGAGCUCAUUGCGGUACGCCGGUACGGUAUGGGAUAUGCCCAAACAGCAUUACACAGGUCGGAAUGGUUUGUCUUGUGAGGCCAUGUUAACAUUGUGCUGGGAAUGGUGCACCAGAUUGCUUUGACUAAUGGUGGUAAGAUAUUGCUUUUGUCGUGGGCAGCUGUAAUAAGCUGGCAGGUUGGCCCAGCUGGUUUGCCUGGGGUUGGCCCAGCGGUUUAUUAUGCUAAAUGAAUGCUGCGAUUGGGCGCUUGGUCUACGAUGAAGGUGCAAGCUAACAGCUUUUGGAUUGGAGGUGCCGAUGUCAGCUUUCCACACUGCCCGCAAGAGCCACAGUUUAAGCGCUUUGAGCGGCGCCUGCAAUAAUGAGAUGAUGUGCUCUGUGGCCUGCUGCAAGUCUGCUGUGGAACAUGGGGGAAGUCUGGGUAUGCUUGAAUCAUCAGAGGGACAACGGCCUGCAGGCCACAGAUGUAUGGGGAACAUGCCUAUGCGUGCACCUUCCGCGACAAACGGGCUAAAUAAGAAUGGUAAUUGUGGUACGCGUAUGCGCUAUUGAAGUUUCGCAGACUUGGUGCGAGGGCAUUGACUGGGCACUCGGAAUAAUCCCCAUUCGUGUGCUGGCCGUGCCGCGCAGUAAACAGGAAGCGGGCGUGACUGAAACAUGGGCACAGUACAUGGGCACAUAACCAUUCGGGCUUGACUGAAACAUGGGCACAGUACAUGGGCACAGUACCGUGCACAUAUUUCAGUCAAGGAAGGUUGGUACUACGGUAUUGCUGGCUGGUUGAAUGGUUUUGCUGUUACUGAGGAGCGAAGGACUUGCGGGGCUGGGGAGGGAUAUUGAGCCGGCUCGGCCAGACCUUGAUUGAGGGCUAUGUUCUGUAAACGCCAGAUUGGGACGAUACGAGCCGGAGGCGCCUUCGGCACGUGAACAACCGCCGGUUGCUUGCUGGGACCGAUGCAAUAGGUUUCAUUCAUCCAUAUGGUGCUCCUCGUCCCGAAAGCGCACGUUGCCAGACUAGACGGUGCAUGGCGCCGUGUUUAACUGUUGCAUUGCGCUAGUACGAUUACGGUACAGAAGCCGCUGAGGUGACUGUGUGCACGUUAAUGAGCCAUGGCGUGGUGGGUUGCGGUGCAUUAUGCAGGCAGGUGUGGGUCCUGAGGCGCAGUGCGGUCUGGUCAGUGCUGACUGCUGAGCAAUGUCAGCACCACACAGCUCAGUGGGGUGGUGAAGCGCACGGCGGCUCAGAAGUAUGGGUGCUCCGCUCGGCGCACACUACUGUCUGCGUGCGUGCCAGGACGAGGCGUGAUAAUAUAUGAUAAGACAGCUGGCCUUGGUGGGCGCCACUGCCCGCUGGCUCGCAGGUGGGAGGCGGCAGGUGGGUGGCUUCCCUAGGUGACGCUCCUACUCACCCCUGCUCCGACUGGCUGGGCCAUGGCAUCAUGGCAAUAACGGUAGCUUGUAGGCGCUGCAAGUGGCUAGGCCCUAGGGCCCGGGGCUUAGAGCAGGUUCGUGCGCCUUGUGAGCUCGAUCGCUAGUUGUGUCACGUAGUAGCACUUGCAAGGUAGCGGGCAUGCAUUCAUGCAUGUGAAGUCUGGGUAGGCACCAGCUCGAUAGGCCAGGCGACAGGACAUGAAAUUGCCUAAUGGGUGUCGCCAAUGGUUCAUAGCGCUAAGAUAUAUACUGCCCUGCCGCUAGCUGCUACCUGGUGCGACCGCUGCGGCUGUGCGCUAAUGCGGUACUGCAGUGUAACGCGGGCGGCAACGGUCAUGGCUUCUAGAUGUUGUGCGCUCCAUCCGCUGCUGUUUGACGUACCGUGCUGCUACGCAUGAUUCGUGAAACCAGAUUUGAGAUUAUACGAAAUCCGUAGAAGGUGAAAAUGAGGACCGCACCUGGCUGGGCAGUUUCUCGAAUUCUGGUACAGCGAGCCAUGCACACGCGCCGGGCAUGGCUCGGGUGUCUAUGGGCGAUGCUGAGUGUCCGACAGUAUUACCGGUAGGUGUAGACCGGCUGCCGUGCGGUAUCCUCGACAUGCUGUGGCAGGGGCGCUACAGUACUGUGGCCUGGUGGUGCUGGGAGGGUGCUGGAGUGAGUCUGGUGGCGAGGGGGGAGCUUUAUUUCCUGCUGGCAAGGCUGUGGAGGCCAAAUUGCAGCGUUCUAGUCAGGGUUGCAUAGUACGUAGUAUGCGCACUACGUACUGUACGCGUACUACGUAUCAGUACGCUUCUCUGCAAAGUGUACUACGUUGGAGAACACGUUGGACAGG